AUGAUCGAUCCGGUGCAGGCCUUCGCUAAGGCGACCUCGUCGCUGCUCGUCCCGCUCCCGAGCUCCUCGACAGCCGGCCAUCAUCAUACUUCCCUUCCCAGCAUCCUCCCUGACUCUCCAGAGUACCAGACCGUUGGCGAGACCGGCAAGCGGACGCUAUGGGUUGUCUUCGUUAUCAUGACGCUUGCGUCCGCGGCCUUCGCCGGCAUGUCCUGGACUGUCCCAAUCAACAAGCGUAUUUUCCACUUUAUCACCACCCUGAUCACCAUCUUCGCUGCUCUCUCGUACUUUGCCAUGGCUACCGGCCACGGCGUUGCCUACCACCACAUUGUGGUCAAUGAGAGCCACCCGCACGUGCCCGACACCGAGCACGAAAUCUACCGCCAGGUCUUCUUUGCUCGGUACAUCGACUGGACCGUCACCACCCCGCUCCUGCUGCUCGAUCUCUGUCUCCUCGCCGGCCUCAACGGUGCCCACAUCCUCAUGGCCAUCAUUGCCGACGUGAUCAUGAUCCUCACCGGUCUCUUUGCCGCUUUCGGCGCCGAAAGCAACCCGCAGAAGUGGGGCUGGUACACCAUUUCCUGCAUUGCCUACCUCGUCGUCAUCUGGCACUUGGCCCUUCACGGCCGCGCCAUGGCCAUGUCCAAAGGCGGCAACGUCGCCAGGUUCUUUGGCGCUCUAGCUGCCUUCACCCUUAUCCUCUGGACAGCCUACCCUAUUGUCUGGGGUUUCGCCGACGGGGCUCGCCGCGUCAGCAUUGAUGCCGAGAUCAUGUGCUAUGCCGUCCUCGAUGUUCUCGCUAAGGUUGGGUUCGGUGCUUGGCUCUUGAUCAGUCACGCCACCAUCCCGGAGAUCGGCCUCGAGCUUGGCGGCUUCUGGGCUCACGGCCUCAACCAGGAGGGCACCCUCCGUGUUGGCGAUGACGAUGAGGGCGCGUAG